AUGGAAUCAGCGAUAGAUUUGAAUCUUCAGGGAAUCACACUAAAGGCUGCCAUCGUCUGCAGCAGCUCUGAACAUAACACAACAACAAUGGUUAACGUCGCUCUAACGGACAGUUUGAUCCGUUUGUUGAAUGCUACGGUCAGCUACCAUUGUGUCGACGAUUGGGACACUGGAAUACGACGCGGUCUGGAAAACGGCACGCUCGAUCUAGGAGUAUCACCAAGUUAUAUGACGGCGAAACGUCUGAGGCAAGUACAGUUCGUCACCAUGACGGCGCCGCUGAGAUACGCGUUCAUAUUCCGCUCGCCCAAACUUUCCUACACGGGCAAUGUUUUCAUCCUCUCGUUUCACAAGCACGUCUGGCUGUCCACCAUCGGGAUUAUGUUGCUUGGAAGCUUUCUACAGUUAGUGAUAAAUCACGUGGAUGAAACAGUUUCUGUUAAGCCCAGCUCCGACGACGAAACGAACAAGCUGGAAGGCAUUAGCGGAGCGUUGUUGAACAUGAUAAGCAUAGCCGCCCAGCAAGAGGCACUCGCUCGGUUGAAAUCUUUAUCCUCCCGGACGCUGAACAUCAUUAUGCUAAUCAGUCUGAUGGCACUGUACAUUUGCUUUUCCGCCAACAUUGUAGCGUUGAUUCAGUCACCUUCGCGCGAAAUUCGCACCGUGGAAGAUCUGCUGCAUUCCGGCGUACAGCUGGCAGCGCAAAACAGUUCCAUCAAUCGCAUUUUUAUGCCCAACCAAACGGAUUCGGUACGGAGAGAAGUGUAUGCCAGAAUAAGGGAAUCGAAGGCGUUCCUACCGGUGGCUGCCGGAGCUGAGCGAAUACGGCAGGGACUGUUCGCGUUUCACGCGGAUUCAAAUCUCGUUUACCGUUACAUGCUGGAACAUUUUCAGGAGGAAGAAAAGUGCAACCUACAGACGAUUCGAUACCUUGAACCGCUGGAUGGAUAUUUUUCAAUUGGAAAGGAUUCGCCCUUGCUAGAGCAUGUGAAAAUUGGGAUGAUUAAACUGCAAGAGUUCGGAAUGCAAGAGAGAGCCAUAGCUGCUCAUUACACAGGAAGUCCACCGUGCAUUGGCGACAGUGUUUUCGAUCCGGUUUCCAUAAUAGACGCACUGUUUGCCGUGCAAUUGAUGGCAUUUUCACUGGUUUUGGCUGCUGUAAUUCUCGUACUGGAGAGAACCUUGAAACGUUAUCGCGUGCAACAGUUGCUGCUGACAAAACUUGAUGCUUUCGUCAAACGGUGCCUAAUUCGAAUCCGCGAUAUUUGGGCAGGGUGGCGUCAUCUCUAG